AGAGGUGGCGACUCUUCUUUUAGUCCUCGCCGUCGAUCGGACCUGAGGCACGCUAAGUAUUCGCGUCAUCGAGGGACGUGAUACGCCGGUGCCUGAGCCUCGGCGAGAUCGAAAUGCACGGAAAUAGAUCGGUUGCGCAAUAUACCGGUAUCUCUCGAUGAGCAACAUCUUGUAGCGUCCUGCGACGCCAUCUUGAAAUGUUACCUCGUGCGAACACCCUCGUGGUUUUUCGUAACGUUCCUCGGGAAUGUUAAUUGAGCGAGCAUUUCGACAGAAAGCACUUUUGUCUUGGUAACUCGGAAUUGGCAUAAUCAAAGUUGGCAGGGUCAGGCCGACUCUCCAAAUCCGACCAGCCGUUUCAAAAUCGACUCCGAGUGGCCCUCUACUUCCGUGGUGCCGCCAUUAUGUACCUGUAAGAGCGACAAAUGGCGAACAUUUUUCACCGUGGAAAGGGAUCCGCAGUCAAGGUCGACGUCGAACCAGAAACCCCUUCACCCAACCGGAGCGCUCAUUAGAAUGCAUCUUGUUAAAUUCCGCGACGUAUAUCCGACAUUCUUGCGAAAGAUCGUGCCAACAAAUGGGUCAUGCGUCGCUUCGUCGCCAUUAAGAGAAAAGUUUUAUCGAGUAAAUUACGACGUGAAAUAUAUAGGUAUAAAAUGUCGCAUUUGCUCGCUUCUCGGCGCGACCUGUUCGCAGGAGGAAUUCCACGAUUCCAGAGGAAGGGUCGCAAAACCUCGCGGACUCUUGACGGCCAGAGACGGGAGUAAGAGAAGAAGCGACCGAAUCCGCGAUUAUUUCGGGAUCGGGCGAAGAUAAACCGGGCCAACGUCGACCGCGAACGAAGCGGGAUGAACGGAGCCUUGAAGCUGACUCAUCCUUUUAGACUUUCGCAUCGAAUGUAGCUUCCUCGCGUGACGAUCGAGCUUCCAACGUGUCUUGCAACUUGCGUCGCAUCAUCUUGUCGGGUGUAACAUCUUCAUCGCCAACGAUCCUGUCUCCUAGGGCCAGCAAACCCCAACCUUGCACCUCUUCCGCACCGAUCCAAGAUGGCGGCUCCCACUGCAGCAUUCAACAUUUCGCGUUACACCUGAAAAACAUAACGCAUAUAUCUCGACGUUCCCGGAAGCUAGAUAGAGAAGUCGAAAGGGAGGUGCGAUCGAGGGCGAGGUCCAAGUGCAAGUUCAAAUAUAGAUCGGAUAACGGACUUCUUGGCAGGCCCAUCGCGCGAGAAAGAAACGCCCAGAAAAACUCCGUUCGUCGGGAAAGCUACCGCAUCGCAAUCGCUGCCGUAAUGUUUCGUUCCUUCCAGAUAAUUCCCCGCAAUUUGAGAAAAAUCUAGUUAGGUUUCGUCGAAUUGCAAGUAGCUAUAAAUCAGUUGAAUUUUUAGACCAGCGGUUUAAAGAAUGAGAAAUUUUACAGGCAAAGCUUUCGAGUUAUUGCGUAAGUCCAGAAACGCCUCGCUCCAGAUCGUUCCAGACUCCGAGUUGGUCCUCUUUUUCUCUGAGCUUCCCAUGUUUCCGUUCUUUUUCCGCUCAAAGUCGCUCCUCUUUCCGAACGUUGGUGGCGCUCUUCGCGGCUGCUGCGGCGGCAGCGGGAACUAACUCUUUUUCCGCUACUUCUGGGCUGACCGCGGCCACCCAUGCUAUUUCGGUACCUGAGCCGACCAAGAGCCGACUCGGUGCCGGCAUGCCCUGCACGACUCUACACCUCGCCUCGGCUUAUUUCUCUCUCUUCCUCUUUCUCCCUCCGAUGGAAUUGCCGAGCUUCGAGUACUCGCGUUGGAAAAAUCACUCGCCUCAAAUCCGAAUGCGAUAUUAGUUUCCAAAGAGAAAAAUCGACUUUUCAAAGUUCCAGAUAUUUCGUCAGAGAGCAGUAUAUACACGAUCGCGUGGAGAGAAUUUCCAAGUGCACCUAAUUUAUCCCUGGAUGGUAACAUCGUGAUCACGUGUUCACAACAUUUAAUAUAACCUCACAUGGUAGAAAAUGCGGCCGGAGAAAAUCCGGUACUUUGUUAAUUAAAUAUUAAGUAGGAAAGUAUACAUAAUUUGAGUAUGGCAAACACGAGUGCAAACAGCGAUACUCCCCAGAUUCAAAUACGGCUUUUAACGAAACAGGAACAGUAUGCAGUUCCAGACUAUCCUUUGUCGGUACCGUCCACCAUAGUGACCAGUGAUCUUAGUGGCCUAGUAAAUGAACUUCUCAAAGAAUCAGCAUCGUCGAGUAAGGAGACCGAUUUUGAUUUUCUUGUGUGUAACGAAUUUUUACGAGUCUCGUUAUCUGAACAUAUCAAUGAAAGAGGAGUAUCUACCGAGAAUGUUAUUGACGUCGAGUAUCUGGAAAGGCAUCCACCGCCAGAACCUCACGAUUGUCUUAUACAUGACGAUUGGGUAUCGGCAGUAGCCGCGUGCAAUCGAUGGAUAUUAACGGGUUGCUAUGAUAAUACGAUACACAUUUGGACGUCGAAGGGAAAACACCGUCUUACCAUCCCUGGACACUCAUCUCCUGUAAAAGAUGUAGCUUGGAUCUCGUUGACCGAAAGUACUGCUACAUUUGUCAGUGCAUCUCAAGAUCAAACAGCUAUAAUAUGGGAUUGGAAUAUUGAACAAAAUUCAGUGGAAUGUGUUCAUGUCUGCAAAGGGCACGAGCGGGGCUUAGAAGCAGUCGGUGUUAACUACAAUGGCUCCUUCAUGGCAACCGGUGCUUGGGAUACGAUGCUGAAAAUAUGGUCGACUUCAACGAAGGAUGAAAAUGAAGAUGGAGUAUCCGCUUCAAAAAGGCUUAAAACCGAACAUGGUAAAACUCGAACACCAAUAUUAACUUUGCAAGGACAUAAAGAGGCAGUUAGUGGAAUCUCCUGGUCGGGCAAAACAGAUGUAGUGACUUCUUCCUGGGAUCACACUCUGAAAUUAUGGGACACCGAGUUGGGUGGAAUUAAGCAUGAAAUUGCAGGAAAUAAGAGCUUCUUCGACGUAGACUGCUCACCGAUAUCAAGACUCCUCGUAACAGCUUCAGCGGAUAGGCACAUUAGGCUUUACGAUCCCAGAUCCACUGAAGGAACAAUGGUUAAGGCGACAUUCUCUUCGCACACACAAUGGGUGCAGUCCGUUCGAUGGUCAAAAACUGAUGAAUAUCUCUUUGUCUCGGGUGCAUACGAUAACAACGUUAAAUUGUGGGAUACACGCAGGUUAGUCGAUUUUAAAAUCAUAUACAAAGUUAUCAUUUUAAGACGAUUACUUGAACCAAUUAAAUAUAUAAACGAUGUGCAGCCCGAAGGCAUCGCUGUACGAUCUCAUCGGACACGAAGACAAAGUACUCGGUUGUGACUGGUCGAACCCAAAAUUCUUGGUAUCCGGAAGUGCAGACAAUACCGUGAGAAUUUUCAAAUCAAAACUCGCCAUGCAUUAGAUUAAAAUACGAACGAGGCUGGUUUUUAAGUUAAUAAUAAGGAUUAAGUUCCCUAACACGUUCCACGUCUCCAUUUUACCAUCACGGAUAACAUUGUGUAGUCCAACAUGCCACUUCUUCCAUAACGUCUCCUUCGUUAUUUAAUCGUUUAAUAAAAAUAUGAAUUAUACCCUAA